UCGCGAUGGUGCACCCUUCGUUGUCCGCGAACUCGCGACGUCCGACGGUUCAGCAAUCUUAACCUCAAAAAAGCGCGUCGGGAAGAGCUCACAAUGCUUCCUGAGGAUGUCGCGAGAGAUUCACGCGUAAAUCCCUUGAUGUGAUCAAGAAUUGAGAAGAGACAAUUCAGAUCGAGUCGAGAUCUCGUCAAAAAUUCAAUGAAGAGGAAACAUCCUAGACAUCUGAUCUUGUGACUGCGAGAUUGUUAUUUUGUAACGAGUGACAACUCUGUGAGAAAUAUUCCGAAGGUGCUACGGGAGACUAUCGGGUUCGGAUGUUGUUGCAAGAUGCGCGAUAAAACGCGAUAGACAUCCUUGUGACAUCUCGUCGGAUGUCUGAUGUGUGUAUUGCAGGCUGAAAGCGCGAGUCGUCGCGGGUGGAAGCAAGACGAAGAAACAGACAGCGAAGUGAAAAAAAUCUCGUUAUCGUUGUGGAAACAAACUAUUAGCGUAAGAUAGCACUCGUCAAGCGGCGGAUAGGGGAACAAACAGAAUGUGACAGUCGCUUCGCUGAAAUAUACCGCAGCAGAAGUCGUUCGUGUGUUUUUCCGAAAAAAACAGACAAUCCGAAGAAAGAGUUGAAAAAGUGCGUUUAAUUGGGGGGAUAAUCGCCGAAGUCUUUGACUUGUUGAAAUGUCAAAUAAAUCGAGCGAAUCGUUUUGCUCAAGAACUAAAAUUUGCACACUUGGUGAUUGAAAUUCUCAACGACGGAAGCGGUGCUCGAACUAUUUUCACCGAAGACAUUUCGCGGCCAAUCAACGUGUGAAAUCAUUGUUACGUUCUGAUACAGCCGGACUGUUUUCAAGUUUAUGUUGAAUUCGAAUGCAAUUUGUUCGAUUUUUUUGUUGUAAAACAGAUGUUUUCUAAGUGCGACAUUUCGUGUUAAAACUUCGAACUUGAUGUAACAUAAUUAAAAAUUUACGACACAUUUCGUCUGCGUAAACCAAAAAGUUUUUACUUCUUCAGACAAAAUAUUUGUUAAUAAUUAAUAAGUUCGAAAGUUCUUCUCUUUUAUCUGUUAUAAAAUUCUAUCUUGAAGAACAGCUUACAGGAAGAAAACUUUAAACGGAGUUAGAUUGUGGACCUGAAGAGUAAAAAAAAAUCUUCAACAAGUUGAUAGCCGAAGUUGAUACUUUCCUGUGGCGUUUUUUAGUCAGAAAAUAUUUAUAUAGUUUCCUAAAGAACAAUUGUAACAAAGAACACUUUUGAGGAUAUGAGAGCAAGCGGUGGUCUCGAAGAUUCGGUCUCGGGACCGAGAGCGAAAUAGAGCACACCUCUCGUAGAAGCAGAUGGCGGCGAUCACGAUGGAGCCACGUGCGAUGAUGAUGUCAAAUCUGUCGUGCGACGGCUGCGCGGACAGCGACCGAGACUCGGACAGCAGCAGCAUGAUCGUGGAUCCGGUGAGUCUCGACAAGAACGACCUGUCGCCGCCGUCACAGACGUCGUCGAGCCCGGUGAUACCGAGCUGCUCGCCGGUGCCGACGCCGCAACCGGCGCCGUCGUCGGCCAGCAGGAGUCGAAGCGGCGGCGGCAGCGGCAGCAGUCGUUCCUCCAAAAAAUCGUACUCGAUGAUGUCAGCGUCGGCCCAGUCGGGAAAAUCCAGCAGCAGUUCCAGUCAACAAUCGUCCGGUUACGGCACCGACAAGAUGUCAUCGUCACUGAUCAAACCCCCGUACUCGUAUAUCGCGCUCAUCACCAUGGCGAUCCUGCAGUCGCCGCAGAAGAAGCUCACGCUGAGCGGCAUCUGCGAGUUCAUCAUGUCCCGUUUCCCCUAUUACCGCGACAAGUUCCCCGCCUGGCAAAACUCCAUCAGGCACAAUCUGUCGCUGAACGACUGCUUCAUCAAGAUCCCGCGUGAGCCGGGCAACGCCGGUAAAGGCAACUACUGGACGCUGGAUCCACUGGCCGAGGACAUGUUCGACAACGGUAGCUUUCUGAGACGCAGAAAGCGGUACAAGAGGCCGCCGCCGCAUUACGUUCUGCGGGACCGCGCGAUCAUGGCUACGUUCGCCAUCUGCGGCGACCGAGGUCCUUGUCCGGGUGGUGGUGGCCACCCGGGCGCUCUGGCGUAUCCCGCGGCCGCUUAUCUGUCGCCGCCGCCUGGCUUACCGCUGCUGGAUUUUUCACCGUCGACCAUCGAGGCGCUGAAGCUCGGCGGCUUCCUGGAACCACCGCCGCCGCUUUACAAACCGGUGCCAAUCACGGCGCCGCCGAUCCGACAGAUCGACCCGACACCCACCAGAGUCACAACAUUGCCGAUCAGCCACACGACCAACGUCGACAAGAAGCGCAAUUUUAGCAUCGACGCGCUCAUCGGCAAACAGGCGGCCAGCGAUCAGAACUGCGGCGCGUUGCUGGACCUCAGUCCGUCGGAACACAGGGAGAUCAGAAGUCAAGCGUCCGCCUUCUCGCCGCUUAUCUAGGGAGAGUCUAACGACUUUCUUUUCUGACGGUUUAAGUAAUUUACAAAACACGAAGUUGAUUUCGCGAUUCCUUGCAAUUUUAUCGCGAACGCUAGUCAUACUUGGAAAUUAACGAUAGUUGAUCGUAGCACACGUUCGACGUGUUCCAACAAUUUUUGCCGAAGAUGUUUCUACCGAACGGACGUUGAAAAAAAAUCGCACUACCGGAAAAAGAAAUUUUCUUCUUGAAAAGAAGAGUGAUCAGACUACAAAAUAAACGCUGAACUAUAAUUACAGCAUUGUUUCAAAUGGUGAUUGAGAUGACGUUAGUGAACCGUGCGACGAACCGACGCGUCGCCGAACCAAGAUUAUUACCGCCGAAGGAUCUUGCGAGAAAAUGACUCGGGAGAGCAAUCUCCGCGACGGACUACUUUCGCUCGGAGAAGCAAUGGUAACUACAUAUUAUUCGAUGAUAUCGAAAAUUUCUCGAUCGAUCUUUCCGACGCUGUCCAAAUGAAAUAAACAUGUUUUUAAAUAAAUAUAAACAAACACGCGCUAUAUCGGUUCACAGAUUUUCAUUCGCUUCUUGAAGAGAAAAAAUAUUAUGAUUUAUUUUUGCAGAUAUGAAAGUAUUGUUAAAAAAAUACUCGUUUAGCGCAACUUUUUAAAUGAACAAUUACUAUUACACGCGUGAUAUAAAAAUGUUUUUUUGUAUCAUUUGGACAGAAUCUCGUCGGAAUAACACGAUCGUUACACGAUUCGAGGAGCGUUUCGUGAAUCCUCAACGCGUGGGUUCUGAAACCAGUUUUUUGCGCGCGGCAAUUGCGUAAGAAGGACGCGACUAUCGUAAAAAUCGAAAUUUCGACGUUAUCUGUGUUAUCUAAUUCCUAGUUUUUAUUUGGUAAAAAGAGCUGAACAAGAGCGAACUGAAGAUUUGCAUUGUCAAGAUCCAGAAAAAAAAUUCCAGACGAUUGUUCGAAGUUUUGCAUUAUCAAAGAUCCAGGAAGAAAAUUUCACAGACGAUUGUUUCUUACCGAGUAAAGAUUUAUUUAUUGUAGCCGCAAUCGCGUUAACCGGUGCGAUAAACAUAUGUUUAAAGAUACAGAAAUCCGUUUCUUAUCGUUUAUAAUAGCCGACGGUAAUCUGUUGUACAGGUUUCUUAUUUUCUCAAACUUCUACUAGUCCAAGUUAAUGGUUUUUAUCAUCAGAAUUUAUACACUCAUGGAAAGGUUCUGGCGAGCGCAAGGAGAGUCGACAAAGAGAGAUAUAUUUUUCCGUUUCAACUGUAAAAGCACUUCUUAUAGAAGAGAAUAACAGAGAACACGAAGUGGGGGAGCUACAGUUGAGAAUAGAAUAUAUCUAUCUCUCUGUUGCUCCUCGCGCGACUCUCUCUCUAUGGUUAGCACAUAGGCAAGGUCUCUCUCUAUGAGUAUAAAUUCUAUGAUUUUUAUCAACCAACAAGUCACAAAAAUCAUAGAAAGACGUGUGAAUCGACUUUAAAAAUUAAAAACCAAAACAAUGUAUAUCGAGAGGAUACUAGCGCCUCUCCCGCACGUGUAUCGGGGGAGGAGCAUCUUUGUAAAAAGGCGUAGUGCAAUAGCGUAGCGUAAAUUUUAUUUAACAUUAUUCUCUGUGCCGCUUCUUAAAACGACUAAUGAAAGUAGACACUACCGUAAUUACAUAUAUAAGCCACACCAAAACCAAAUACAAUGUAAAUUUUUUAAAAAAACAACCAACUUUUGUGCCAUAAUAUCUCUUGCAGCUUGUUACGCAAUUCAAAAAUAAAAACAAACUUGUUCCUCGAACAGAUUUUAGAAGAGACGAACACAAAAUUGUUACAUCGUCAUUGUAACUGAUCUACAUUUUAUUUUGUAUCAUUUGUUAAAAUCGGUUGACAUUAAUUGUCGCGAUGUAGCAACAAACACACGGACAGACACUGAACAAUCACAUAUUCGCGUUCGUCGAGAGAGCGAGCGAACAAAGCUCGUUAUGCCAAUAAGUUUGUGCCCGCGUUCGUUUCCAAUUUCACUUUCGUCGUUUCGGAUCUGUCUGUGUGUUAGACCGAACUUAGGCCCCUUUUACACGGUCGAUUAAUAUCGGCAUUGUAAAUACAAGUCCCGAACAAAUAUAUGCGCAAGCCACUCUGUUAGAGCGGGGAGAGAGCAUCUUUCUUCGGUGGAUUUAAUGUAAAGCUCGCCAACCCAACCCCCUUCUUUCCCUUUUUAGCCCCGUAAGCGGUCAAGUAGACGUUUGGUGUACAUAAAAGCGAAUCCGUAGCGUGAUCCACAAAGUAAUUGUGAAUAUCUAUUAUAGCAUCUUUAUACAAUUAAGACAACACACACUUCCGUCUCGCGUGAUGUCGAAACACACUGUCGCUUGCAAAAAAAAAAGAAAAAAAAAAAGAAAACACGAUUUCCCUCCCAAAACGACGCUUCCGAUUCGUUUGUAUUAUUUUCGUGACAAAGAAACAACAAUGAGAAAAAAAUAAUAAUAUCACUUCUUCGAAAAUGAAGAUUAUUCCGCGUAAUUGCGAAAAGUCUGUGUGGAGGAAAAACUCGUAUCGUAUUGCGCGCGCGAUACGAUAAAUUUGGAAAGUAAAAAUAACAUAUGCGCAAUUUACGUUUAACAAUGAAAUUUAAAAUCUGUCCGCAUAUAGAUUUUUUAUUUCAGUAUAAACAAGAGAAACGCAGUCUGCUGUAAUCUUCCCGCACACAUCGCAAUGGCCAGUGUAACUCGAAAUGUGCGAAUCUCGUAACGAGCGCGUAUUUAGCGAAUUUUUCAUGGUGAUAUAUAUAUAUAUACAUAUAUAUACAUAUAUAUUUUACUAACUAUUUACUCGUAUAUUUUUCAAUCGUUACGAGAUACCGCGGCACACUUCCACUUUGUUCCUCCGCUAAGAGCAAAUCAGCGAAGUCAAAAUAUAUGUUUAGUUAUAUACAUAUAUAUAAAUAUAAAUAUAUAUAUAUAUAUAGGCUACAUGUCCUAUCGUUAACAAAAGUCGUCUGUAG